AUGGCUAGUGAGACUGCUGUGUCAGAUCAUUCUACAACCCUUGAGUUGAGAUUCCAGAAUUAUGGUUCGGUUGAUUUUCAGUUGGGAGAUGAUGUAUUCAGCGGGAACAGUAGAGAAGGAGUGCAUGAAGAGGUAAAAACCAUUGAAAAAGAGAGUGUUUCUCCUCCUAAACAAAGUGGGGAGGAAGAAAAACCGAAAGCAGAGGAAAGUCCGAGUCCAGCAGUGCCUUUGAUUGAGAAUAAGCCAGCCGAGCUUCUGGUAACUGAAGAUGGAAAGAAGAUUGAUGUGGCAGAAAAUCCAAAAGCUGGGGACUCACCAAGUCCAGCAGUCAGUUUGGAACCAGAAGAAAAGAUCGAGGAUAAACAAGUUGAACCUUCUGUAAUGGAUGAUGUAAGAAAGAUUGAUGAGGAAGGAAAUCCCAAAGCUGAGGACUCUCCAAGUCCACCAGUCACUUGGGUUGCAUCAGAAGAAAAGAAUAAGGAUAAGGGAAUUGAGCCUUCUGUUAUUGAUGAGUUAAAGAAGAUUGAUGAGACCCCUGACGUGGAGUUUCUUGUUGAACCUUCUGCAAUGGAUGAUGUAAGAAAGACUGAUGAGGAAGGAAAGCCCAAAGCUGAGGACUCUCCAAAUCCACCAGUCACCUUGGUUGCAUCAGAAGAAAAGAUCGAGGAUAAGGGAAUUGAGCCUUCUGUUAUUGAUGAGUUAAAGAAGAUUGAUGAGACCACUGAUGUGGAGUUUCCUGUUGAACUUUCUGUAAUGGAUGAUGAAAGAAAGACUGAUGAGGAAGGAAAGCCCAAAGCUGAGGAUUCUCCAAGUCCACCAGUCACCUUGGUUGCAUCAGAAGAAAAGAUCGAGGAUAAGGGAAUUGAGCCUUCUGUUAUUGAUGAGUUAAAGAAGAUUGAUGAGACCACUGAUGUGGAGUUUCCUGUUGAACCUUCUGUAAUAGAUGAUGAAAGAAAGACUGAUGAGGAAGAAAAGCCCAAAGCUGGGGAUUCUCCAAGUCCACCAGUUACUUUGGUUGCAUCAGAAGAAAAGAUCGAGGACAAGGGAAUUGAGCCUUUUGUUAUUGAUGACUUAAAGAUGAUUGAUGAGACCCCUGAUGUGGAGUUUCCUGUUGAACCUUCUGUAAUGGAUGAUGUAAGAAAGACUGAUGAGGAAGGAAAGCCCAAAGCUGAGGACUCUCCAAGUCCACCAGUCACUUUGGUUGCAUCAGAAGAAAAGAUCGAGGACAAGGGAAUUGAGCCUGCUGUUAUUGAUGAGUUAAAGAAGAUUGAUGAGACCCCUGAUGUGGAGUUUCCUGUUGAACCUUCUGUAAUGGAUGAUGUAAGAAAGACUGAUGCGGAAGGCAAGCCCAAAGCUGAGGACUCUCCAAGUCCACCAGUCACUUUGGUUGCAUCAGAAGAAAAGAUCGAGGAUGAGGGAAUUGACCCUUCUGUUAUUGAUGAGUUAAAGAAGAUAGAUGAGACCCCUGAUGUGGAGUGUCCUGUUGAAGAGAUGUCAAAAUUGGCCAAAGACUGUAUUCCUGAACCAAGCAUCCUUGAUGUUUCAGAACCAGUUGCUGACAACAUUACGUGCAAGCCAGAGGAGAAACCAGUGAUUGAUACUGUUGAGAAACAAGAAGUGGAAUCCAUCAUAAAGUCUGCUGAGGAAAAGCCAGAGGAGAUGCCAAAUAUAGUUGAUGUUCCUGAAUCAUCAGUUGAGGCUGUCAGGAAAAAAGGGGAGCAAGUAGAAGUUUUAACUGUCGAAGAAUCAGAAGCUGUUGCAGUAGAAGACGUAGAAAAUUCAGAAGCAGAGUCUAAACAAGAACGUCCCGAACCAAUUCCUAAAAUAGAAGAGGAAUCAAAACAACCAUCUGAAGUUGCUGAAAAACUUGAGGAAGAAUCUGUAGUAAUUAGGGAAAGGAAAGAAGCUCAAGUUAAUGUAAAAGGAGGACCCACUCAUGUUCCCGAGAAGGGCAGUUUGAAGGACAAAGAGAAGGAAUUGGGUGGAGAAGCUGCUGUGGUUGAAGAACAGGCAGAAGAGGAAGUUGUGGAGGGAAAGUUUGAAACAGAUAAUGAAGCUAAGAAUGUAAUAACUGAAGAGAAUGGAGAGAAAAAUGUUCCAACUGGGGAAUUGACUCAACCUGAAGCAAAAGAAGUGGAGGAUGUGACCAGCUCCAUUCCUGUCACUGAAGCUACGGAGAACUCAUUGGAGGGAGAAAAUUCUCGCAGAGAUAUUGAACUUGUUGCUGAAAAUGGGAAAGAAAACAUAAAUAAUGAGAAUGUUCCUUCAGUCAAAACCAACAAAGAUCAAGAUCAGCUUGAAGAAAAGGCAGAUGAAGUCGCAAAAAUUCCCACCAAAGAACAAGUAGAGGAGCCCCAGAAGCCGGAGGUGGAAGUGAAAGGAGAGGAUUCUGUACAAAGUGGUGAAACAAAGCUAGAGAAGGAAAAAGACGCCGAUGAGACAACGCGAGAAGUGUCAAUUCCUGAACGCACCAGGGAUGGACAUGACAUGAAAAUAUCCCAGGACCCUCCCACAGAAGUGGCUUCAACGAAGGCCACUCAAAAGCAAUCAAACAACAUCAUGGCAAAGGUGAAGCAAUCACUCGUGAAGGCAAAGAAAGCUAUCAUCGGAAAAUCCCCAAACUCGAAAAUGUCUUCUUCUGAAACCAAGGGUGAUGUUAAAGCUAAAUGA